AGGAAAGGAAAAAAAAAAGGAAAAAGAUUUGACAACAUGGCGCACUUUCCUUGACGAAAGUUUCUCCUGAACAGCGUAUGCAGCUCAGCUUUUCGUGGACUUCAUUUGGCGCUUAUCGACCAUCUUCUACGACGUAAAGAGGACUUUCUUUGGACAAACUUUGAAGCACUUCUUGUUGCACACAGACACACGCAAACACACACACACACACAAACUCGACACUAAAUCUGCAGAGACUGGGAUGGGAUGAGACCGAUAAGCCGUUAUACAAACACAAGCAGUCAGCCAGGAUGGAGAAGCAAGCGACUCUGAAAGAAAAGUUUUCUGUCUUUGGUUCUCGGACAGCGGGAAGGCCCAUUCGGUGCGUUGCCGUGGACGACGGGUCGAGGAGUGCACUAAGCAAGGCUGAGUUCAUGGAGAAAGUGCGGCAGAGUAACGAGGCGUGUCAGAGGGGCGACUUCCAGGAGGCAGUGCAUUUGUACGGCGAUGCUUUGCAGGCCGACCCACAGAACUGCAUCCUGUACAGUAAUCGAUCAGCAGCGUUCCUCAAGCUGGGCCAGCACCAAGCAGCUCUGGAGGAUGCUGAAAAAGCCUGUGGCCUCAAUCCCAAGUGGCCAAAGUCCAUCUGCUCUGCCUGGAUGUUUAAUGAAGAAACAGGGAUUAAAUCACAGGAGUGUGCUGGCAUUCGGAUCCUGCGCGAGUACAUAAUAUCAUCAAUCAUACCUCCCCGCGACUGCACUCCUGCGCUGGCCCAUCAAACAGUGACAGGCGUGGCGCUGCCGCCCCGAGCACGAGCGAGCGGGCCCACCCUCCUGAAGCCCACAGCCAGCCUGUAA